AAAAAGUGCCUAAACUAAGUAAGUGAUAGAAAAAUUAAAAAAAUAAAACAAGCUUAACCUACCAGUGUCUUGGGCUGCACAAAAAAUGAGAUCAAUAACCGACGAAGACGAACAGCGCUACCGGCGCGCGCAACAGGAGUUCAUUUCAAAUCUCGGCGGGAGCGCGCCGCAGGAAAUAAUAAUCGUUAUUCUGCCAAGUAUAUUGACAAUUCUUCUUUUAUCAACAAUCACCUCGGUAUUGAGUAACAAAACGUUAAUAAAUAACAAAAUAGUUCGUAAUUUUUUACCAAUUGUAGAAUUUAUUAUCACAAUAACUCCAUCCAUUUUAAGCCUGACAAUUUUGUCAGACUACACUCUAAUAAUAACUUUAGUAAUAAUAAUUACAAUUAUGAUUAAUUACUCGAUAAUUUACAAAUUUCGUAACAAAUUGUCUGUAAAUAUUAAUAAUAAUUUAAACAAUUGUAAAAAUAGCGGAAGAAAACAUUUUCUUACAAAUUUUCGAGCGCUAACAAACAUAUUAACUUGUAUUUGUAUUUUAGCUGUUGAUUUUAAAAUUUUUCCGCGUAAAUUCGCUAAAACAGAAAUUUACGGCUAUAGUUUGAUGGACGCAGGCGUAGGAAUGUUUAUUAUCGCCAAUGCAAUAGUAUCUCCUCAAACAAAAGACUUUACUUCUAACAACAGCAACAAUAGUAAUAAACAUUUAAGAGUAAUCCGGAAGUUUGCGCUGAAUGCGAAGAAAUGUACAAAGGACACAGCGCCGCUACUAAUUUUAGGUAUCGGGCGUAUUUUAGCAGUCGAGUAUUCCGAUUACCAGAAGCAUGUUUCGGAAUACGGCGUCCAUUGGAACUUUUUCUUAACGUUGGCGUUUGUUAAAAUAUUCAUUAGCACAAUAACGAGCGCUAUUAGCUCGCGAUUCGCGUUGAUAUCAGGUCUGUGGAUACUGGUAAUGCACGAGUACGCAUUGAACACAAAAGGCUUAAAGGAAUGGUUGCUGGGCGACACUCCGCGGAAUGAUUUCGUGUCAGCUAAUCGCGAAGGUAUUGUAUCAGUGCCAGGUUAUGUUGGCCUGUAUCUAGUUGGAAUUGCGCUGGGAAGGUUAAUUUACUCGACUUAUGAUAAUAGUGAAAAUAAUAAUGGCAAUUAUGGACUCAUGAAGCGAUUUGGAGUAAAUAUGAUGUUGCUCGGAAGAAAAGUAUCGUUUGAGUACACAAAAGCGAUGGUUUUGUGUGUUAAAUUGUCGAUCAUAGCGCCACAGGCGUGCGGAUUGGUCAUUUUGAACAAUUGGCUGUUUGGAGUUUCCCGACGCAUGGCCAAUUUUGGCUACUGCGCAUGGGUUAUUACGCUUAGUACCAUUUUGUUGACUUUAUUGUUACUUGUUGAGAUACUGAUUGAUAUUUUGAUCUUUAUUGUGACUGACGGCAGCAAGGAGGCUGAUAAAAGUAAAGAUUCAGCUAAGAAGAGAAAGAAUGUUAAAUUUGAUGAUAAGUUUAUGAAUGAUUGUUCUAACAAAGAUAUUAGCGAAGAAAUUAACCUAAAAUGUCCGACUAUCUUCCAAGCUGUUAAUUAUAACGGACUUGUCUUCUUUUUAAUCUCAAAUUUGUUAACUGGGAUUGUUAAUUUGAGAAUUAAGACUUUGUAUGUCAACGAGUACAAUGCAAUUUUUCUUAUUUGCUCAUAUGUUGCCAUUUGUAUUUUUAGUGUUUUUAUAUUUUAUCGUUAUAAUAUUAAAUUGAAAUUGUAA